AUGUCGCUAUUAAGAGACUGUUUUAGUGGGUUUCGAUUUAUUUUUGCUAGCGAGGCUGCUUGUCGUAUUUGCUACUUUGCAACACCUUUAUUUUGGAUAUUUGGAAGUUUCUAUAUCGCAUUAAACUCUAUUAGCAUCUAUACAGGAAAUCCAAGUGUCCAAACAAGAAUCUAUGUAGCUAUAUUUGGUAUAUUUUUAAUUCUCUGUGGAAUUUUUACAGCAGCUAACACAAUCCACGUUUGUUUGCAGCUUCCGACGUCUUUUACAGCUUUAAAGCUUCAAAAAACAGGACAAGGAAUAAUGAUAGGUGCAUAUACAGUUUUUCUGAUAGUCAAUAUCAUUGCACAGAGUAGUGUAAGUGAUACAAAAUUUAAUGGCGAUUUUCAGAGCUUUUUGAUACAGGCUUCGAUUGUAUAUGCUCUUUUAGGGAUUUCUACUGUAAGUUGCUUUUAUUCAAGUUAA